AUGAUGAAUACGGAUCAUGAACGGAGUAGGAGGCAAGAGGAAUCAGAGAUGGAAUCUUUUUUCAUAUUGCCGAGUACUACUUCUCUUCAAAAUUCAACAUUUAAUUCAACAAAUUCGACAUUUGAUAUUUUAUUUUAUAGAACCAAGACAGUGACUGAAGUGAGCUCUUAUUUUCAAUUGAUCUUUGCUUCAUUGAGCUUUUUUUCGUGUGGCGUGACAUUGGUGGUCUAUUGUGGAUUUUCUGAAUUGAGAGGAAGAAAAAACUUUCCAAUUUUGGUUGCGUUUAUUAUUACCGAAGGAUUAAGUUUUGUGAAACAUUUCUUAAUUUUAUUUGGAUACUUUUUUGGAAUUGGUUACGUUGAACAUAAUCCAACAAGAACGGACAAGAAUCUCUGCUUGGCUAUUGGCAUUUUCGAAUAUGUCUUUAAUUUUGUUUCCUACUGUUUUGGUUUUUGCAUUGUCUUGGACUUGUUAAGAGUGGUCUCUAAUCCAAUUAAGGGAAAUAGAAAUUUCCUUAUCUAUCAUUUCAUCAUGUUGUCGCUAGCUCUAUUUUCACUUGUUGGAGUUGUGACAGAAAGCGUUGUUAAAGAAGACAGUAACAACUCUUGUAUUAUUCUUCCAGAUAACUUAAUUCUGGGUUAUGUUAUUUAUUCUAUUAAUUUAUUGAUGGCUUUUAUUGGAUUAAUUAUUUGUGCCUAUGUUUGGACAAGUUUAAGAAAUGGUCUUCCUGGUACUCAACAACUUCGAAAUGGAAUUAUUAUUAGACAAAUAUUAUUUAGUAUUGUUAUCACUAUUUCAUUAAUUGGAACUUUGGUUUCAAGUGUCAUCCUCAAAAGUAGAAUUAGUGACAUUAUGAGCAGUAUGGAUAAUGACAAGAUUGAAGACAUUGCCAUUGUCUAUUUUGUACUAUUUGCUCGUUACAUGUCCUUACUCGUUUCAAGUAUUGAAGGUUUUAUUCUUUCCCUCAUUCUCUUAUCAGAUCCAAUUGUUUUGAGACAUUUGAAACGAUUUAGAAGCUUCUUAUGCAUGCUCACAGAAAAUGACAAGGGUGUGAAUCUUUGGGAUAGAAUCAAAAAAAAGACAACAAAAAGUACAACCAUUCGAUCUCUCUAUGCUCACAUGUUGGAUGGAUUGGACGAUGAUUAUGAACUCGCCUCUCGAAGAAAAUCUCAAAUUCAAAAAGCAAAAGAUUCAUUGUAUCAUCAAAGAUUACUCUUUGAAGGAAUUAUGGACGAAGAAGGUUCUGAAGCUGAUCGUGAGUUGUUUUUGAAAUAUUUGGCACGAGAAGAUGAACGAUUUUUUCAAGACUCUCUUUCCAAUGUGGCGAUUGAUUAUUUAGUGAGACGAGAUUUGAUUUUUUGUGUCUUGUUAGGAACACAAUAUUGCAUGAAACAAUCUGCACAUCAUGAUCAAAUUGUGAAACAGUUCAGUAACUUGGAAAUUACUUCACAUAGAAAUACGUUGUAUGGUUCACCAAUUAUGAAGAAACUUUUCCAUCCAUCCUAUCGAUCUAUUACUCACAAAGGUUUAUUUAAUUGUGUCACGAAACACAAAAUUAGUAUUACAGAGUAUUAUCCAAUGGCUUUCCAUCAUUUGAGAGCUUACUAUUGGGUGGAUAACUUAACUGGAACGAUGAACAUGGGAGAUAUUAUUGAAAUGUACAAACGCCCAUUCGAACCCACAUCAGUCAUUCUCGAAUCAGUCAGAAAUAAUUUUAGUGAAGGAAAAUCAGGUAGUUUCUUCUUGUUCACCUAUGAUUCUCAAUUUAUAAUCAAAACCAUCACCGAUGAGGAAUUGAAACUCUUAUUGGAAAAUAUUCAAUUCUUUUACAAGCACUAUACAACAUUUAGAGAUACCUUAAUUGUGAAAAUAUUUGGAAUUUAUGAACUGAGAAUGACUGCAAACUUUAAAGUCAAGUUCAUUGUGGUCAAUAAUGCACUACAUAGUCGAUUAGCAAAAGAUCGUGGUUCACAUUAUGACACACUUUCCAUCGAUACCAAAUUUGAUUUGAAAGGAAGUUGGAUCAAUCGAACCAAUCUUCCAGAGCUUGAUCAUUAUUCACAAACCCUUAAAAAACGAACAGGAUUCAAGUUAAAAAUCUCAUCCGCAACAUCCGAAGGCAUUCAAGAAAUUUCAGCCUCUUCUCAAAGUCCCAAUACCUUGCUCUUAGAUAAUGAUUUUCACAAGAAACGAAAACUUGUGUUGGAGAGCAAACAAAUUUAUACUCGUCUCAUACAACAAUUAGUGAUCGAUUCAAACUUUUUAAAGAGUGUGAAUAUUAUGGAUUAUUCUUUACUUGUUGGAAUUGCAGAAGAUGAUCCAACUGUAUUUGCCGUAGAACCUCUUCCCAAUGAAAUUCAAUUCUAUGAACCCUUUCACAAGGUCUAUAAGGGAGGAAUUGAAGCCGUGGACUUGGACACUACUUUCAAUCGCUCGGUCGUUCUCUUUGUUUCCAUCAUUGACAUUUUACAAUUAUUUAAUAUUGAAAAGAAAGUUGAAACUCUAUUCAAAACCAAAAUAUUACGAAAAGAUCCAUAUGGAAUUAGUAGUAUCGAGCCAGUUCAAUACGCAGAACGAUUUCAAACCAAUGUACUCUCAAAAUUCACAUGUCGAGAAGAUUUCUAUCUCCACAAAUUGAAUUCCAAUUCGAGUGUCUCUCCAUUGAGCUCAUCCACACCUUCAUACAUUUCGAGUGGAAUUUCAAUUGCUAGUCAUGAUCCAAUGGGAACAAGAAAUUAUAGAACAGGAAGUGAAAUGGCCUUUUCGGCAACACCUGUCGUUUCUUCGUUUGCAAGUGUGGAUCGAUUUAAUCAUUUACAUUCACAACAACAACCAUUCAUGAGACAAGAGCAAGAGGAAGGAAAUUCUCGAGAUGAUAGUAAUGAGAUUCUUUUGACCAAUGAAUAUAAGAACAUUAAACUUUGA